GAAUAGGCUGGGAGACUGGGCAUCUCGAAUUGUCCAAGGCUACUGUAUUCCUCUUUGUUCUGUUCAUCAUGAAUAAUAAGAAUUUCCGAUCCUUUCUUCUUUAUUUCCUAUUGAUUUUAUACUGUUUUGAGCUAGCAAUUACCACUGAUCUAUCAUUGGUAUUAGAGCAUCACUGCUCCUGGAGAUCGGAAUUGGAGUGCGACUUCAGAUAAACUCUCAUUCUGUGGUGGAUGGUUAAAACCAGAGCCAACAUGGAGAUGCGCAUGGAUGCGAUGGAUCAGAAACUAUAGGAGGUACAAUCGGCGAUGGAGAACUUGUCGACGAACAUGGCGGCUUCUAUUGCCGCGUUGAGUGAGCAGCUCCGGUCCAGAGAACGAUCGCGAUCGCAACCUCGUCACCUCACACCUACGACAUCGGGAGGUAAUCCGCAUCACUUGUAUCACAGAAGACCUGAGGAUAACCAUCAAUUUCCAGUACAUACGGGUAGAAAACUUGAUUUACCUGUAUUUAAUGGGGAUGGGGCGUAUAACUGGCUUGUGCGAAUGGAGAGGUAUUUCUGCCUAAAUCAGAUUAGUGAAGAAGACCAGGUGGAAGCUGCAGUUGUCGCAAUGGAGGACUGAGCUCUAAACUGGUUCAUUUGGUGCGAGCACCAAACUGAAUUGGACGAGUUGGAAGAAUUUGAAGAAUGCUAUCAUACACAGAUUUCAGCCAGACCUAAUUCAGAAUCCAUAUGGGCCUAUGCUAAGCUUGAAACAGACUGGAAGUGUGCAGGAGUUCAGAGAUGAAUUUGAAAUGGUGAUAGCUCCACAAAUUAAUGUUGAUAUGGAGAUUUUGAGAGGAAUCUUCCUGAAUGGCUUACAGACUGAAAUCAAAGCUGAACUUAAGCUGCAUAACUCCAGUUCAUUGAAUGAGAUUAUGGACAGAGCUCUACUGAUUAAAAGUAGAAAUGAGGCUAUAUAUCUGAAGGGUAAAGGUGAAGAGAAAGUUGCUGGGAGAGAUAAGGGACCUAUUACUUAUAAACCGGCAGUUUGGGGAGAAGGAUACAAGUCUCAAUCUGGUAAUUCAUGGCCUAGUACAAGUGGGAAGAAUGCUGCAGAAAACAAGAGUAACCCGUCUUGGUUUACUCCUGAGGGAAAGAAGGAGACAGAAAUAAAGCCCUCAGACAUCAGGAGGGUGGGGCCACAACUGUCACAGGAAGAAUAUCUGGACAGGAGCAGGAAGGGACUUCGUUUUAAGUGUGGAGAAAAAUGGAGCAAAGAACAUACCUGCAAAUUAAAGAAUUACAAACUCAUACUGGUGGAAGAUUCUGAUAAUGAGGAGGAAGUAGAAGGUGCAGAGUUGGAAAUUGCAGCUGAAGGAACUACCAUGGAAUUUAAGGUUGGGAACAUUCUCUUCUGAGUAAGGAAGGGAUACCUUCUCUGAGGACUUUCAAGGUCAAAGGGAGUAGAAUGGGCUGAAGGGAAGGCAGAGGUGAAAGUACUCAUUGAUAGUGGGGCCACCCACAAUUUUAUAUCACAAAGGUUGGUGGAUCAAUUGUGACUAAGCUUACACACCAUUACUGGAUACAUGGUUCAGAUUGGUAACGGAGAGGAGAUUAUCAAAAAUGGCAGAUGUGAGGAUCUAACGUUAGGUUUACAAGAUACCAAAAUAAAUCAGCACUUUUAUGUUUUGGAUCUGGGAGGUACAGACUUGGUGCUUUGAAUGGAGUGGCUGACUACUUUGGGUGAUGCGGAAAUAAACUUUCAGAAACAAAGUAUAAAAUGGAAGAUUCAGGGGUUAGAUCAGCAGAUUCAAGGGGACCCAUACUUGAACUCCAUGGAGAUAUCACUCAAAACCAUGACUCAGAUUCUGCAGGACACUGAUGUUGGUUAUUUUAUGUUUGGUGAAGGACAAUCUGUGAAGGUAAAGGGUGUUGCUUGUGCUGGAAGUCAGGAUAAAGCUCUGGGGUUUGACAACACUGAAAUAAUUCUGGGGGCUUUGACAAAAUCCGGGGUGCAGUAUGAUCCACAGUAUAUUGCAAUUGAAGAGUCCAUGUUCACUCAAUUUGAUGCCAAGUUGGGGGUGACAGUAAAGGAAAGUGCAGUAAAGCUGGGGAAGCAAACCUUGAAAACUGGUUUUGAAGCUUACCAACUGUGGAAGUUUUACCUUGAAGAUAGGAAUUCCUGUUCCAUAUUGAAGAUAACACCUGCUGAAAUGUUUGUGAUAUCAAAAGAAUUGGUAUUGAAGUUCUUAGUCCAGCUAUCAGUCAAGUAUUGGGAAGAGGGAAGUGCAAGAAUGAAGUGCAAGUGGAAGAUCAUGGCUGACUCCUAUCACCCACCUUGAGGGCAAGGUGGUUGUUUAGGGGGGGAGUAUUGAUAGGAAUCUAGACAAUAAUACUAAUAAGAAUAUUAGAAUAGUACUACCUCCGUUUCCCUAUGUUUGGGACAAGAGAAGGUGGCACAAUUAUUAAUAAAGGUGGGUUUAUGUGGUUGAUAUUGAAUUUAUAAAGUAAGAAUAAAGUAGGAAUGAUUUAGAACCACACAAACUUUACCAAAUAAGGUAUGGGACAAUCUUAGUGGGAUGGACCGAAAUGGUAAAAUGGGACAAUCAUAGCGGGACGGAAGGGGUAUUAAAUAAUGUAUAAGUGAGGAUUAUGGGCCAUUUAGUAUAUCUGGAGUAUUGGGCCUAUUAUGGUAGCUUAAUAAGUGGGCUAGUACUAUAAAUAGAAAGGGAUGGAAGGCAAGUAUUCUGUUAGGAAUAGGCUGGGAGACUGGGCAUCUCGAAUCGUCCAAGGCUACUGUAUUCCUCUUUGUUCUGUUCAUCAUCGAUAAUAAGAAUUUCCGAUCCUCUCUUCUUUAUUUCCUAUUGAUUUUAUACUGUUUUGAGCUAGCAAUUACCACUGAUCUAUCAUCAUCAUUCAAGAGGGUAUUUUCACUCUGCUGAAAAUACAUAUUUACCAGGACUUGAUUUGGGUUGCCAACCCUAAAGUCUUUUGGACUAAGGCAGUAAGGCUUGGAUGUUGUUGUAUCAGGACAUGAUUUAGGUUAAUGGAGAUGAUGUACAAGUUCUUUUUUACUCGUUAAUGGCUAACAAAGGAAGCUAAGAAUAAUGCUCAGCCUAUAGUAGGUAAUUUGGAGGUCUUAUUUUUCUACCAUAUUAAGGGGGUGUAUUUAAUUGGGACAUUUGUAGACAUUUUAGGAUUUGUGAAAUCUGAGUGUAUUUAAUUGAGACAUUCUAAGACAUUUUAUAAAUCCUAAGAUGUCUAGGUGUAUUCAUAUUGGACAUAAGGACUUGGAUUCUUGUUUCAAUCUGGACUUACCUAGACUCAUAAGCCCAAAUACAAGUAUAAAUCCUAAAUCCCAAAUCUCACCUCCUUACGUGAGAUUUGGAAUUCAUCAAAGAAAAGCGAAGACGACUGGGAAUUCAAGAACUGCAUCUCUAGGGUUGAGACCAGUUAACAUGGGAGAUUCGGGAUAUCGAAAUUGGACCAAUGAAGAAAGCAAUGAACUACUGCGGCUAAUGGUUGAUGCUGCCAACCGAAAUUGGCGUGAUCGCUCCGGCAAAAUUAACAAGUCAACGGUGGAGCAGCACAUACUAAAGCCUCUUAACGACAACCUUGGAAUCGACAUGACUUACAAACAAUAUAAAAGUCGUGAGAAAUACUUCAAGAGGUUGUAUUGCAAGUACAGUAAUCUCAUGCAGCACAAUUCUGGCUUUGGAUGGGAUCAUAAUUCCAAGUUUUUCACUGCAUCUGAAGAAGUGUGGGACAACUAUUUUAAGUCCCAUCCAAAAGACUCAAGCUUAAGAACAGAAUCGCAUCCUGAUUAUGAAGAUCUGAGAAUUGCCGUGGGUAAUGGCACUGCUAGAGGUGCACAUUCCAUUGCAGUAGGUGACAAUACAAUAGAAGACUUGACAGAAACUCGUAGUACAUUGGAUGGAUUAACAUAUGAUCCCCUCAAUGAUGCAUUUGUCCGUUCAAGUGCACAACAUUCUUCUCCACCCUCUCCUGAGAUUCAAUCUGCACCGCAAUCGGCUCAACAGCCCCGCCCAGAGUUCAUGGAAAAGCUCACAGAAAAUGUGGACAGGUUUGCCCGAGUUAUAGAAUCAAUCGACACAAAAGAGUACAAUUGCUGGGAUAUGAUAAAGGAGAUCCCGAGUUUGUGUGCUGAUGAUCGCUUCAGAGCUCUUGAUUUGCUUAAUACGAAAGCAAAAAAAGCUGAAUUCGUUAACAUGGCUGCAGAAGAUCGUGUAGAAUGGAUAUCAUAUAAAUUGAAAUGAUAUGUAUCCAGGAUUAGGAUUCUUGCCGAGAACCUUGUUCCCAUUUUGAGUAUUUGGGAUUAUUUGUAUGUUUAUUUCUUGAACAUUACUAUUUCUCAAUGUUUUUGGGAUAAUGUUAUUAACUAGUAUAGUUUUUUUUUAGCUAUUUAUGUACUUUGAAGACUGCUAAAGUCUGCAAUGGCCAACAAGCUUGACCCUGAAGAUGCAUUUGGUGGGACUUCUACUCUAAGCAACAUUGGAGCAGUUGGUGGGAAGUAUGGUUCCCCUCUAACCAAUGUCCCCGAAGUUGCCAUAAUUUUUGCUGAAGAUGGAAAUGUGUGUAUCCAGCAUCAGUUUUGUUUUGACAGUAAACAUAGGAGUUGAUCAUAGAGUACUUGAUGGACCUACUGUUGCAACGUUCUGUAAUGAGUGGAAAAGUUAAAUAAAAGUCUACCAAUGUCUUAAUAUGUCUCAUGUCCAAAUCCA